CAGCGCCGGGCGGGGCUAUUUAAGAGGCAGCCGUCUGCUCGCCCCCCUGAACUUGGCUGGACUCCUCCGCUGCGCUGGUAGAACUGCGAAGCCAGCGGCGCCCUACUCCGAAGACAUCUCCUGAAGUCAGAAAUACCGCCAUGAACAGCGGCGUGUGCCUGUGCGUGCUGAUGGCGGUGCUGGCGGCCGGCGCCCUGGCGCAGCCGGUGCCUCCCGCGCACCUCGAGAGUCCUGGGGCGCAGCAGGAGGAGGAGGCGCCCCGGAGGCAGCUGAGAGAAACGCAGAGUGUGAACAGCGAGCCCCGAGCGUACCUAGGCGCGCUGCUGACCAGAUACAUCCAGCAUGCUCGGAAAGCUCCUUCUGGCCGACUGUCCAUGGUUAAGAACCUGCAGAGCCUGGACCCCAGUCACAGGAUAAGCGACCGGGACUAUAUGGGCUGGAUGGACUUCGGCCGGCGCAGCGCAGAGGAAUAUGAGUACCCCUCUUAGGGCCGCAGCCCCGUCAGCGCCACCGGAAGCACCCUCCUGACUCAGAGGAGGCCGAAUAACAAAACAAUCACGCUCAUAACUCAUUGUCUCUGAAGUCUGACAUUUUAAGUGUCUAUUUAUUAAGUUCUCAAUGUGAAAAAUCUGUAAGAUUUUUCUAGUGCACCUCAGCAGAAUUGCACAAAAUGGAAGACAAAAUGUUUCCCUCACCCGUGACUCCUGAUCCUGAAGUGUUGCUAUGCUAUUAAAGUGAUUUCAUUCUGUGUCCUCA